AUGCACCCGAAAGCGCAGGACAUGGAGCUGCUGCAGGUGUCGUCGCUCGUGGACUCCCUGUACUUCAUGGGGAAGUGCAACGAGCCCAUGGACUCGUGGAUCCGGCUGGUGCGCUACCUGGCGAAGAAGAAGGUGCCCGGAGAGGCCUUGGCUGCCAAGGCCGCGGCGGAGGCGAUACCAACCUUCAACAUGGUCGACGACGUGGUCCGCGCCGUCGCAGAGUACCUCGGGCGAUCGUCGCCGUGGCAUCAAUGCUUCAUGGAGCUGCAGGAGGUGUUCACGUCCACCAACCUCGAGGUCCAAGGAAUACACGACGUGCGGUGGCUGUCAAGAGGAGCUGCAGUGGCCAGCUUCGUCCAAGUCCUUCCAGCCAUCAUGGUGAUGUUGUCGGAGUGGAAGGACCAGACCAUGUACGAACUCGUCACGUCGUACAGGUUCCAGUUCCUCAUCAGGUUCCUCGCGGACAUGCUGGAGCAGCUCAACGUCCUCUCCUCGGUUUUCCAGAAGCGGGAGGUAAGUGACUUCCAGGGUGUUGCUUGUGUUGAUACCCUUUGA